CGUGGCUUACAGACUGUACGUUGUUCUAGAUUGUUCUUUCAGCCACCGAUUGAGGCAGACAUCUUGAAAGUUACGUGGAAAAAAGAAUUUUCAGCAGAAAAAAGGCGAUGACAACCAAAAUGAACCCAUUCAAAGGUGUUUCUAGUAUACGCAGCAAGCGCAAGUCAAAGUGCGGAAAGGUUGAAGUCAAGCAAGAGCCUGGUAUUAAGGAAGAGCCCAAUGGCGGUGACGAUGUCAUGAACAUACCACGGCCAAGAGUUGAUGGAAGAUAUCGUGCGAAUUACGAAGGACCGGUCGACUUUGGCUAUGACUUCGAUGAGAUAAAGGAUGAAGUCAAAUGUGAAGAAAAAGAGACGGGCAAUGAAAAGGACACGACACCAUGUGAUCAACCAAAUGAGGGCGCCGCCAAUGACAACGGGGAGAACGAAGAGCCUAUGGGUGACGCAAUCCAUGUUCAACCACCGCAACCAGUCGGUGGCGGGAAGAAACGGAAUGGAAGCUGCAAAGGACGGCACAAACGACCGAUUCCCAGGAAUCAAGCGGCCAAAAAGCAAAAGAAGCACAAAUGCCAUGAAAUGAACCCAUUCAAAUGUGUUUCUGGUAUACGCAAGCGCAAGUCGAAGUGCGGAAAGGUUGAAGUCAAGCAAGAGCCUGGUAUUAAGGAAGAGCCCAAUGACAGUGACGAUGUCAUGCACAUACCACGACCGAGAGUUGAUGGAAGAUAUCAUGCGAUUUACAAAGGACCGGUCGACUUUGGCCAUGACUUCGAUGAGGUAAAGGAUGAAAUGAAAUGUGAAGAAGAAGAGAUGGGCAAAGACAAAGGCUCGACACCAUGUGAACGAUCGAAUGAAAGUGCCGCCGUCAACGAUGAUGAAAACGAAGAUCCGAUGGGUGAUGCAAUUGAUGUGGAACCACCCAAGCAAUUCAUCAGACAGAUUCAUUUAAAUCAGCAUUUGUCUACAGCACACAGCGACCGAUUCCCAUUCCAAUGCUCCAAAUGCUUCAGAGGAUACGCAACCAAAGACGAAAAAGUGGUCCAUGAAGAUAGCUGUGGCCACCGUGUUUCUGGCAGACGCAGCAAGCGCAAGUCAAAAUCAGCAAAGGUCGAAGUCAAGCAAGAGCCCGGUAUUAAGGAAGAGCCUAAUGACGGUGACGAUGUCAUAAACAUACCACGCUCAAGAGUUGAUGGAAGAUAUCGUGUCAAUUAUGAAAAACCAUUCGACUUUGGCCAUGACUUCGAUGAGAUAAAGAGCGAGGUCAAACGUGAAGAAGAAGAGACGGGCGAAGAAAAGGACUCGAAACCUCGUGAACGAUCGAAUGAGAGUGCCGCCAAUGAUGAUGAUAACGAAGAACCUAUGGGAGACGCAUUCGAUGUGCAACCACCGCAACCAGUCGGUGGCGGGAAGAAACGGAAUGGAAGCUCCAAAAGACGAGACAAAGAAGCGAUCCCCAGAAAUCAAGCGGCCAAAAAGCAAAAGAAGCACAAAUGUCAUGUGUGCAAUCAUUUUACAGAUCGAAAGUUUGAUCUCAUAAGACACUUGCGAAGUCACUCCGGGGAAAAGCCGUUCGAGUGCUCAAUUUGUUUCAAGUCGUUUGCAAGAAACCCUCAUCUCCGAAGUCAUUCAAUGACUCACAAAGAUGAAUUGCCGAAUGCUUUGCCAUUACAAAACUGUCUACAAGAUUACUUUCAAGCGGCACAUGCAAUCAAAACACGGAGCAAAACGAUCGAUCGAAUGUGGAAUUUGCAGUAA